AUGGACGCGCAAGAUACCAACCAGACUGCUACACCCACCGACGCCGCUCAGCCCUCUUCGACCCCAUCUGCUGAGCAGACCACCGACUCGGCCCCACCUCCCGCCCCAGCUCCCGCUGCCGCUGCCGCCCCUGCCACGGCUCCCACAUCGAACGCCAUGGCAGCCACCUCGCUGGGCUCUGCAGCUCGCGCGGCCUCAUCCGCCACGGCAGCGAUAGCAAAGCGGCCCCUCUCGGGACUCUUUGGCGUCAACAAGCCCAGCGGCCCCACGUCCAUGUCGCUCCUCGACCAGCUCAAACCCCUCUUUGCCUCGUCGCCCCUCUUUGCCGAUGCCGACGGCAAACCCGUCAGGGACCACAACAAGAAGCGAGGAAAGUGGGGCAAGGGCAGGCGGGGAGGAGGCUUCGGAGGCGCAGCAGCAGGAGCGCCAAAGAUCGGUCAGGGCGGCACCCUCGACCCGCUCGCCGACGGCGUCCUCGUCAUUGGCGUCGGCGCAGGCACAAAGCACCUCCAAAAGUACCUCGACUGCACAAAAGAGUACCGCACCACGGCGCUCCUCGGCUCGGCCACCACCUCGUACGACUGCUGCGACCCCAUCCUCUCCCGCGCACCCUUCCACCACGUCAACCCGCACCUCCUCGGCAGCCUCUUGCCCAACUUCACCGGCUCGCUCCUCCAGUUCCCCCCGCUCUACUCGGCGGUCCGCAUCGACGGCAAGCGGCUCUUCGAGUACGCCAGGGAAGGCCUUGAGCUGCCCAGACCCAUCGAGGCGCGCAAGGUGCGCGUCGACGAGCUCCGCCUCGUCGACUGGCUGCCCGCCGGGCGGCACGCGUUCAAGGAGCCCGAGCGCGAGGUGCCCGACGACGAAAAAGCCCUCGUGGGAAGGGUGAGGCAGAUUGCCGGCGUCGGCGAGGGAAUGGGCGACACGCGCAAGGUCGACGAGGACGGCGAGGCCGGUGCAGCAGCGGCCGCAGAGGCAGACGAGACGACACCGGCCAACGCAGCGGUGUCGACAGAGUCUGGGUCUGGCCUUGCCGCUGCCGCUCCUGAUCUACCGGAACAGACCGAGGCUGACGGCGGCGAACCAGCACCAUCGGCUCCGCCAGCCUUUACCCUGGAAAUGACGGUCUCCUCGGGAACGUACGUGCGGUCCAUCGUGCACGACCUGGCCAUGGCCGCCGGCUCGGCAGCGCACGUCCAGGUGCUGACGCGCACGCGGCAGGGCGAGUGGAGCAUCGACACGCCUGCCGUCUCGCAGAGCGCCGUCGCCACGACGCAGCCGCAGCCGGCCGAUGCAGGCGAGGCGGCAUCGUCCAAUCCUCCGGUCAUCAAGGGAAACUGUCUGCCGUGGGAGGUGUUUGCCGACGCCAUCGACGAGCUAAACAAGGAACAGCGCGAGCCGGGGUACCAGACGCCGAGAGACGACCAGGGUCUGCGCGAGUGGGAGCGCGAGUUGCUCCGCGUCAUUGUGCCGGUCUGA